CAAUUUUGAAAGAUGGACACGAUCCGAACGACAGCUCGUUCUUUUAUUUCCGCCAUUGCUUGAGAAAGUUUGGGAAUUAUGGGCAAGCCAAGAGGUCUCCGCACAGCCAGGAAGCAUGUGAACCACCGUCGUGAUCAACGUUGGGCUGAUAAAGAUUACAAAAAGGCCCAUUUGGGUACCAGAUGGAAGGCUAAUCCUUUUGGAGGAGCAUCCCAUGCUAAAGGCAUUGUACUUGAAAAAGUCGGUGUCGAAGCAAAGCAGCCUAACUCUGCCAUUCGUAAGUGCGUGAGAGUGCAGCUCAUUAAAAAUGGCAAGAAAAUUACGGCUUUCGUACCUCGUGACGGUAGCUUGAAUUACAUUGAAGAGAACGAUGAAGUCUUGGUUGCCGGUUUCGGUCGUAAAGGUCACGCUGUCGGUGAUAUUCCCGGUGUACGUUUCAAGGUAGUUAAAGUUGCGAACGUUUCGCUACUUGCACUGUACAAGGAGAAGAAAGAGCGUCCUAGGUCGUAAAUCUUCAACUUGAAAGGAUAAACAUCUGCUUAUAGUUUUUAUGGAAACCAAAAUAAAAAUUGGAUAUUCUAUUCUAUUCUAUGUUGGUU